AUGGAUUCCUUGAUGAGAAGAGAAUUCAAAUCAAGAAAGAAGGAAACAGAAACAAAUUUCUUGAAAAAUGGUAGUGCACUACUCGAAGAGCUUAUUACUACUUUCAGUCCCAGAUAUAAGAUUCCUAUACGUAACUUCAAUGCCGAAGAGAUCAUUAAGGCCACAAAUGGCUUUGCCAAGAGUCUUAACAUUAGCAAUUUUGAUGGGAGUAUGUACACGGGUUUUCUUGAAAAUCGACCAAUUUUAGUAAAGAAGUUUCAAGGUAGUGAUUCAAGUAUUGUGCAUCGUAUUAUUCGCGAUGUAGCAAUUAAUUCACAGAUGAGCCACCACAAGAACGUUUUGAAGUUGAUUGGUUGUUCUUUAGAGUUCGAGUAUCCAGCUCUAGUUUACAAUUUUUGUCGAACCCAACUUCUCUCUAAUCUACUUUUUGCAUCCGACAGUGCAUUACCCUGGAAAAACAGAUUGAAAAUAGCGAACGACAUUGCAAAUGUAGUCGUCUAUCUUCAUACUGCAUUUUCCACUCCUAUCAUUUUCAGGGAUCUAAAACCAAGAAAAGUCAUCAUAGACGAGCACGGUGUUGCUAAACUGUUCAGCUUCUCCCUUUGUAUAUCUCUUCCUCCCGGUGAAAUGCAAGUUAAAGAUAUCGUUUGUGGAUCAGUCGGGCACCUAGAUCCUGCAUAUGCUUCAUCGGGCAUUGUUACUCAGAAAACAGAUGUAUUUAGCUUUGGCGUUUUACUGUUAGAACUAUUAACGGGACGAAGAACUUUGAGCACGGAUGAUGAAGAUUUCUCACCUCUCUUACAUGGUGUAAUUAAACACAUUGGCAAGGAUGAGUUUGAUGAAAUUGUGGAUCCUAAAAUUUUAGAAGCGUACGGAGGAGUCGAAGAAAUUCAGCAAAAAAUAGCUUUUCUAUAUCUUGCUUUGAGAUGUGUCGAUCCAGAGGAAGAUGACAGGCCAUUUAUGAUUGAUGUAGCAAAAGAACUUAGAAAAAUUGAGAGGAGUCCUCAUCAAUUAUCUCCACAAAGAACAAUGAAGAACACUAUAGUAGAUUAUUCCUCGAGAAAAUAUUCUUGGCUUCAGCGAAAUUAG